UAGUUUUUUACAAUGGGCACACUGUACAUGGUAUAACCUCAACAAUAAACAAUUGCAGAAACUCUCAUUUGUACUUAGUUAACACUUCACUGUUUAUUUCUGUUUUUUCGUUAAAACUGAGGUCCUAAUCCUAUUAAAAAUGGCCAAACGUACGAAGAAGGUAGGAAUUGUAGGUAAAUAUGGUACCCGAUAUGGUGCUUCGCUGCGUAAGAUGGUCAAGAAGAUAGAAAUCACCCAACACAGCAAAUAUACAUGUUCAUUUUGUGGAAAAGAAUCAAUGAAAAGGGCUUGCGUGGGUAUUUGGUCGUGCAAACGCUGUAGAAGAACCGUAGCAGGAGGAGCAUAUGUAUAUUCCACAACAGCUGCCACUACUGUUAGGUCUGCUAUCAGACGUUUGAGGGAAGUCAAUGACUUGUAAUUUUUAAUGAUUGAUUAUUAACUAAUAUAUACUUGUCUACGCAAAA